AUGACCGCCUGGGCCCAUGCGACUUUGAAGAUGCCGCAUCCUGAAGUCUUUGAUGCGUUGAGGCAAGCAGCAAUCGCGAAGAUUUAUUUGUUCAAACCACAAGAAUUGAACAACCUGGCGUGGGCAUAUGCCACGUUGGGCAUUCACAGUGGCCCCUUGUUCACAGCGAUUUCGGAUGCUGCACAGAAUCAGGUGGAAGAGUUCAAGCCACAGGAUUUGGCAGUGACUGCCCUCUCCUUUGCUCGUCUUGAGAUCCACGAUGCACAGCUGAUGGCUGCCAUCUCCGCAGCUGAGGUGCGAAAGAUGGAUCUGUUGCAACCACAGGAGCUCGGGAACACGAUCUGGGCCUUUACAAAACUGAUGAUUGUGGACUUACCACUGAUGCAUGCAAUCUCGAGGGAAGCACAACGAAAGAUUGAACAGUUCAGCCCACAGAAUCUCACCAACACGGUGUGGUCCUUUGCCAAGGUGAUGGUCCUCGACACCUCCUUGUUGGAGGCCGUUUGGACUGCAUCGAAAGCCUUGCUGGCGGAAUUCAACGCACAGAAUUUGUCAAACACUGCUUGGUCACUUGCCACGUUUGGGAUUUCUAAGAUGCCAUGCCUGGAGGCCAUUGCGGAGGUCUUCCUCAAGCAGAUGGACAAGCACCCGGAGACGCAAGCCGUGGCCAACGUGGCCUGGUCGUUUGCCACCUUGGGUUAUCUUCAUUUGCCGUUGUUGGACGCCAUUGGUGAUCACGUGCUCCUCUCGAUCCACGAAUAUUCAGGUCAGGGUCUCGCAAACUUGGUUUGGGCUUUUUCAACUUUGGGGUACCGGCAGCAGCCGUUGGUGUUGGCGCUGGCUCAGCAGGCAUGCAGGUGCUGCAGGGAAUUCCAAGUGCAAAACUUGGCGAAUAGCGCAUGGGCUUUGGCAAACAUGGAUUACUUGCACCAACGAUGCAUGGAUGCUCUGGCAGGGUGUUCUUUGGAGAAGGUGUCAGAGAUGAAUCCUCAGGCGUUGGCCAACAUUGCUUGGGCUUGGGCACGCUUGGUUCUGAUGUCAACGCCCCUACUGGAAGCCCUUGCAAGCGAGUCGGGGAAGAAAAUGGCAGAAUUCCAGAGUCAAAACAUCUCCAAUUUGGCCUGGUCUGCAGCCACUUUGGAGCUUCGAUCGCCUCCUUUGAUCCAGGCCAUAGUGGCAGAGACUCGGCGCAAGGUGACGUUGCUACACUGCCAGGAUUUGGCCAACAGCGCGUGGUCCUUUGCACGUUUGGCAGUGAAUGAUGAAGCACUUUUAGGUGCCAUGGGUGCCAGGGUGAUUGCAACAAUCGAAGGCUUAGACGAGCUGGGGUUGGCCAACACGGCCUGGGCCUUCGCAAAGUUAGAGCUGGAGAAUCUUCCCCUCUUCCAAGCGAUGGGAUGCUAUGCGCAGAAGAAGAUCACCAACUUUACCACCCAAAACUUGGCGAACAUGGCUUGGUCCUUGGCGAGACUUGGUCUGGUGAAUCGAAGUCUCUUGAGCUCUGUCCAGGAGCAAGCUAUGCGCAAGAUGUCGGAGUGCACUGCUUUCGACUUAUCCAUACUGGUUUGGUCUUUCGAUGUGCUGAGUUUGGAGCUGCCAGACGCCUUCAUGGACAGAGCCCUGUACCACUUCACCAAGGAGUUGGAGCUGCAGGGCGAUGUUGGCAUGUUCUGGUUUGAUGUGGCCAAUGUUGCUUCCCUUUCAGCGAAGCACUUCCGAAACGGGGAGGCUUUCGAGCAAAAGUUUCGUGAAAGAUUGCUGCAACCUGUUGAAGACAGUCUGCGCAACCUCGCCUCCCCAGAAACAGAUCACCAGCAGUCUUUCGACGCGUGGCAGUCGCUGGUGGAUGAGUGGAACAUCCCCUAUCUUGGCCCGGCCUACACCAAAACUCUGUUCCAACAGCUGGGUGUGCGCGAGGUCCAAGGAUCCAAGGAGUUCAACUGCAGCGAGCAGCAAAAUGGGCCUGACUUUGCCUCAGCGUAUGCCUGGGCCAAUGCCGCCCAAGAGUCCGCUGGAGCAGCCUUUCGCAAAGCUGCGGGACAGGUGAAGGCAGCGGUCGACAACCAAGUUUGGCCUGGUGGUUUCAGUGCAGGUGCUGGGCCGUCCCCGUUUGAAUCCGACGAGCCAUUUCAAGGAUCGCUCGGGGCACCUGUGAGGAUUCGCGUGUGCAGUUGGAAUUUGCACGGCAAUCCCAUCGAUCAGUCCGAUGACAUUCAAGCAUGGCUGAUGCCAGAGGAGGAUGUGGCUGAUGUGGUUGUCAUCGCUGUGCAGGAGUUGGUCGACCUGGGCCCCAAAACCAUGGCGCGGGGGCCUGGAUAUGGUCGGAUAUGGCGGGCAAUCCUAUGGCGAUUCUGCUUCGUCAUGGCCAUCGAUGUGGCUGGUGCCGCCUUGGUUCUGGAAGUCGGCAGCAACAUGUGCCGGGUGGGCUUCGCCCAACAAGACGUUCCCAGCGUGGUGUUCCCAUCGCUGGUGGGGCGAAUUCGGCAUCCAGCGCUGAUGCAGGUGGGCGGCCAGAACCAGAUCUACGUGGGCCACGAUGCCCGUGCCCGCCGUGGCAUUUUGCAUCUGCUGCGGCCCAUCGAACGUGGUCUAGUGACGCGCUGGGCUGAGAUGGAGCAGAUUUGGCAUCACAUUUUCUACAAUGAGCUACGAGUGGUUCCGGAGGAACAUCCUGUGCUGCUGUUGGAAGCACCUUUGACCCCACAAGAUGAUCGGGAGAGGAUGGUGCAGAUGAUGUUUGAGACUUUUGGAGUUCCAUCUUUGCACUUGGCCAUGCAUGCAGUUUUAUCCCUUUAUGCAUCUGGCCGGAAGACUGGAAUUGUCUUGGAUUGUGGUUUGAACCAGACGCGUGCAGUGCCUGUUUGUGAGGGCAUUGUCUUAUCCCAUGCUGUUCAGCGGUUACCACUGGGUGGCCAAGAGCUGAAUGAGCACCUGAUUCAACUUCUGGCGGACCGCGGCUGGUGCUUCAGACCCCCUGACUUUCCCAUUGCGGAGGAGAUAAAGGAAACCUUGUGUUGGGUGGCCCUGGACUACCAGCGACAGCUCUUGGAGGAGCUCUCGCAGCCCUACGAGGCCAUCUUCGAGCUGCCAGAUGGGCACCAGGUGACGCUGGGCCGCGAGAGUUUCCAGGCACCGGAGGCCAUGUUCCAACCCAGCCUGUGUGGGUUGGAGUGCAUUGGCAUUCAUCAGUUGGUGUUUGAAUCCAUCAUGGCUUCAGAUGAGGAUUUGCGUGAGGAGCUCUUCUCCAACGUGCUGCUGGCUGGCGGCAGCUCGUUGCUUCGGGGUCUUCCGGAGCGCCUGCAGAAGGACUUGGCGGCCAUGCUGCCAGAGUCCAGCCGGAACCGGGUGGAAGUGGUGGCACCUGACACGAGGCAGCACAGCGCUUGGAUUGGAGGCUCCAUGGUCGCCUCCGUCACCAGAUACCUCCAGACUUGGAUGACCAAGGAGGAGUUCCAACGCCACGGGUCAUCCAUGGUGCGGGAGAGGUACCUGUGGCUGCUUAAAGGGGCGCAUGAUGUGAUGCUUUGGCUGCCAUUGUUGGAAAAGAAGACGGUGAAAGGAGGCAGCCAGAUGAAUCACGGGGUCCUGAACACCAACGGCGAUGAGCAACGUCAGAUGGCCCUCGAAAGCAGGGUGGAGCAAGCCUUGUCCAGAGGUGGUCAAUUCAUCAAGGUUUGCAGUUUCGGAAUGGUUGGAUUGGCCCUGCUGAUCUAUGUGCAGCCAUGGGUAGCUGUCAGCCUUCGACAACUUCGUAUCGACAGGGUGAAGACAGGUUUGGAUGGCAUUGGUGGCAACAAGGGUGGCGUUUGUGCAAGGUUCUUGCUGGGACACAUGUCGGUUUGCUUCGUGAACGUGCAUUUGGCUUCGGGUCAAAAUGCAGUAAGUGAGAGAAGUCAACACUUUGCACAAGUCUUGACCGAUGCCUUUCAAGGUGUCUCUGCCAAGGGGGCGCAGCGGCCCAAGAAGCAUAGCUUCGAGCGCUCAUCCAUCUAUCACAUCGCUGCGCAUGAGCUGUGCAUCAUCGCAGGGGAUUUCAACUCGCGGCUGGAUUUGCCCAAAGAGGCCCAGUGGGAAAGUGAGACGCAGGAGGAGUGGCUACUUCGAGACCAGAUCAUGCUGGGACAGGUGUCAAGCUUGCGAGGUUUUCGAGAAGGAGUGAUCACCUUCGCCCCAACAUACAAGUACAAGAUUGGCACCAACAUGCUGAACACAAAGCGCGCUCCUGCUUGGUGCGACCGUGUGGUGUUCAAAGUUGACGCUUCCUGUCGAGCCGAGCUGCUGGAGUAUGUGUCCCUUCCGACGCUGAAGCUGACGAGUGACCACCAUCCAGUCACAGCACUGUUUGAAAUCGGCUGGAAAAAA